CCAGCGCGACAGCGGGGGCCCGGAAAGUUUCACUUUGUGGUCGGCGUUUGUUGACAUCCCAGAGAUGCGGGGAGAAUGGAGGCUGAGCCGCGAGGAUGCGCCUGGCGCGCAGCGUUCCCUUUGCCCCGGGGUGGCUCCAGUCCAGGUUUCCCUUCCAGAAGUCCUGCCGAGAGCCCUGCCCCGGGGCCGGAGGCUGCUGCAGGGCACACGGGUCGGUCCGCCUUGGUUAGCGAGCCCUGGCCCCAGGAUUGCUGCAACUGGGGACAGCUCAGCCUCCCGCUCAGCUCUUCUCCCUUUCCUAAUUUAGUAUUGACAUUUAGACCAGGUAGGCGAAUUUCCUUAGCGUUUCCCUGACAGUUUAUAUUUGUGAGGUGCUUUGCUAUCCCUGAUUAGUUAAUUAACAAGGUGGGAAAGCAAAAUAGAACCUGAGACGCAUGGCUAAUGCCUUCAGUCUAGCAACUCUUUCAGAGCCACUGAGAGCUUUAGGCUGUUUGCCGUGAGAUGCUUUGGGCCAAGGUGCUGCCGGGAGAGCUAGCUAUUCAGUGUCUUCUGGUUGCCUGGGAAGGUUUUGGUAAUAAAUGGUAAGGCUUUCUCUGCCUCUCCUUGCUUAUACUGUUUAUUGAGGGUCACCAGUCUAUGGUGAGUUAUUUGAUCUUCACUUAAGCAAAGGCGGUUUUAGAAGUAUUGCUGAGGAAGUAGCUAAGGAAAACCAACCAACCAACCUGAGAUUCAGGAAGCCUUCUUUUGGAGGAUGCUGUUUUCCAGUGACACCUGUUAAAUAAGUGCUGGAGAGCUGCCACACCUUGGGGAGUGCUCAGAAUCAUUAGAAGUUUUUCCUUCUAACGCAGAUUAUGGGGCACUUCAAAGAAGGCCUGGGUGAAACCAUUACCACAUUGACAGGCAAACAGGAUCAUCUGGAGGAAACAAAGCGGUUUAGGUGGCAUCAGCUGAUUCUGAACACCCUGUAUCUGCUGUUGUGGGUUUUCAGGUGUCACACCUACGGGGAAGGCAGCUCACAGUUCCUCUGUUCCUGAGGAUCUUUCUAGAGACAGCAGAGAAGGUUGCCCUGGCACAGAGAGGAGCAAGACGAAAAGGAAAAGGUCAUAGCUGUGAUCACUGUGGUAGAGGUGAGAGCACUGUUGAUACAGAGGUGAAGGUGGUUGACCUAGAAGGCAGAUCAAAGAGAAAAUCAACCAGGUGUUCAUGAAAAAAAUGCACAAAAUCCCGACUGACCGGAAUAAUUCAUGAAGAAGGGGCUGGAUCCGUGGGUCAGAGAACACAGGACCAGUUUGCCAUCCCAAGGCCGAAGGCCUCCCUCCAACACAGUCCUUCAAGCUCUUAGAAAUCUCUGACACAUCUCAACCAUGAGACCACGGCCGGCUUUUGGCAGGAUUCGAGGCACCAACCCAGCAGCCUCUAACUAGUUCAUGGCGGAGCCUCAAGAGAUACUGGCCAGGCAAGCUCUCCCUUCCAGAGGGCAGAGCAGAGCAUGAGAGGAAGGCCACGCAGCAGAAGUGGACAUGAACGCUGGUUUCCAAAGAGAACAGUGUUUUAGUUUUGGUCAUCGAAAGUGGUGCCUUCAACACAGAAGAGCGUGACUUCCCCUCUGUGGCCGCCGAUCUCCAACACGGGACCCCAGGGGAGAAGGGGCCGGACGGAGCUGCCCGAGGCAGCCAGCGUGGCUUCCCCAGCGCCGGGACCAGGGAUGAGUGGGCCGUGCCUGCAGAUGUCUCUAGCCUCCGACCAUUCGCAUAGCACACAGGGGACUUGUGGGUGGCCACUGGCCACUGCCAACUGAAACAGUAUGAUGGCGACAUUGACAUCCUUCAUGACGUUUCCACGACAGACAUUUAGGCAGAAAGUGCCGGCGCGUUUUCUGUCUUCAAAGUAGAGGGCCAUGCCUCACCUAUGUGAAUAGUUUGGGCCCUGAUGACCUGCUCUGAGUCCGCUCGCAGCCAGUGACACUUGCAAAAAAAAAAACUCCCAAAGCCCAUCUUGGGUUUGGCUUCAGCAGCUCUUGACCAAUGUGGCCAAAGCCAGACGCCUCCUUGGGACACUUGGAUUAUUCAUAAAUGCAGCCUGCCCCAACCCUCCCUGAAUAGCAUCUGAAGUCUCUGUGGGGGUCAUGGAUCCUGAACAAAGUGUCAAGGGCACCAAGAAGGCUGAGGGAAGUCCCCGGAAGCGGCUGACCAAAGGAGAGGCCGUGCAGGCCAGUGUUUCGUCCAGCACCCCAUACGCAGGCAGCAGUGCGGCUGCCCCCCAAGAGGGCCCCCUCCAAGAGCUCCUAGCCCCGCAGCCCUUCCCAGGCCCCCCGUCGGUUCUUAGGGAGGGCUCUCAGGAGAAAACAGGCCAGCAGCAGAAGCCCCCCAAGAGGUCCUCCAUUGACACCUCCAUCCCCAUCUCGCAGCUUCCGCAGCACCCUCUGACACCAGCAUUCAUGUCGCCUGGCAAACCGGAGCAUCUCCUGGAAGGGUCCACGUGGCAGCUGGUCGACCCCAUGAGACCUGGACCCUCAAGCUCCUUCGUGACCCCUGGGCUCCAUCCGCCGAGCCAGCUCCUCUCUUCGCACGCUUCCAUCAUCCCCCCUGAGGACCUGCCUGGCCUUCCCAAAGUCUUUGUGCCCCGUCCCUCGCAGGUGUCCUUGAAACCCCCAGAAGAGGCACACAAGAAGGAGAGGAAACCGCAGAAGCCAGGCAAGUACAUAUGUCAGUACUGCAGCCGGCCCUGCGCCAAGCCCAGCGUGCUCCAGAAACAUAUCCGCUCGCACACCGGCGAGAGGCCCUACCCCUGCGGCCCCUGUGGCUUCUCGUUCAAGACCAAGAGUAACCUGUACAAGCACAGGAAGUCCCAUGCUCACCGCAUCAAAGCCGGCCUGGCCUCAGGAGUGGGCGGCGAGAUGUACCCCCCGGGGCUGGAGAUGGAGAGGAUCCCAGGGGAGGAGUUCGAGGAGCCCACCGAGGGGGAAAGCACGGAUUCGGAAGAGGAAACAGGCAGUGCGUCCGCCCACCCCACGGAGCUCUCCCCCAGGCCCAAGCACCCCCUCCUGUCCAGCGGUUUGUACAGCUCCGGGAGCCAGGGUUCCAGCCACGAGCGCUGUUCCUUGUCCCAGUCCAGCUCAGCCCCAUCACUCGAGGACCCCGCUCCGUUCACGGAGCCCUUGUCGGAACACCCCCUGAGCCAGAAACCCGAAGACACCCACACGAUAAAGCAGAAGCUGGCCCUCCGCUUGAGUGAGAGGAAGAAGGUGAUGGAUGAGCAGGCGUUUCUGAGCCCGGGCAGCAAAGGAAGUACAGAAUCGGGGUAUUUCUCCCGCUCUGAGAGCGCCGAGCAGCAGGUCAGCCCCCCCAACACCAACGCCAGGUCCUAUGCCGAGAUCAUCUUGGGCAAGUGUGGGCGGAUCGGGCAGCGGACCACCAUGCUGACGGCCACCUCCACCCAGCCCCUCCUGCCCCUGUCCACCGAAGACAAGCCCAGCCUGGUGCCUUUGUCUGUGCCCCGGACACAGGUCAUCGAGCACAUCACCAAGCUCAUCACCAUCAACGAGGCCGUGGUGGACACCAGCGAGAUCGACAGUGUGAAGCCGAGGAGGAGCUCGCUCUCCAGGCGCAGCAGCAUGGAGUCACCCAAAUCCAGCCUCUACCGGGAGCCCCUGUCGGCCCAUGGCGAGAAAACCAUGAAGCCAGAACAAUCACUGCUGAGCCUCCAGCACCCGCCCAGCACCACCCCCCCUGUGCCUCUGCUGAGAAGCCACUCAAUGCCUUCUGCCACCUGCACUCUCAGUACCCCCCAUCACACCUUCCGAGGUAGCUACUCCUUCGACGACCACAUCACCGACUCGGAAGCCCUGAGCCGCAGCAGUCAUGUGUUUACCUCCCACCCCCGGAUGCUCAAGCGCCAGCCGGCCAUCGAACUACCUUUGGGAGGGGAGUAUAGUGCGGAGGAGGCGGGGCCCAGUAGCAAAGACCCAGCCUCCAAACCCGCCGACGAGCCUGAAGCCAAGGAAAGCGAACUCACCAAAAAGACCAAGAAGGGUUUGAAAACGAAAGGGGUGAUCUAUGAAUGUAACAUAUGUGGUGCUCGGUACAAGAAAAGGGACAACUAUGAAGCCCACAGAAAGUACUACUGCUCGGAGCUUCAGAUCUCAAAGCCCAUCUCUGCAGGUGCUCACGCGUCCCCGGAAGCGGAAAAGAGUCAGGCUGAGCAUGAGCCCUGGUCCCAGAUGAUGCAUUACAAACUGGGGACCACCUUGGAGCUCACUCCGCUGAGGAAGAGGAGGAAAGAGAAGAGCCUUGGGGAUGAGGAGGAGCCACCUGCCUUUGAGUCGACGAAAAGUCAGUUUGGUAGCCCCGGACCGUCUGAUGCUGCUCGGAACAUUCCCCUGGAGUCCACCAAGUCACCAGCAGAGCCGAGUAAGUCAGUGCCCUCCCUGGAGGGGCCCACGGGCUUCCAGCCAAGGACUCCCAAGCCAGGGUCUGGCCUAGAGUCAGGGAAGGAGAGGAGAACCAUAUCCAAAGAAAUUUCUGUCAUCCAGCACACCAGCUCCUUCGAGAAGUCCGACUCUCUGGAGCAGCCCAGUGGCUUGGAAGGGGAAGACAAGCCCCCAGCCCCGUUCUCCUCCCCUCCACCCGCCCCGCACGGACGCUCAGCCCACUCCCUGCAGCCCAGGCUGGUCCGCCAGCCCAACAUUCAGGUCCCUGAGAUCCUGGUGACCGAGGAGCCCGACCGACCAGACACGGAGCCUGAGCCGCCCCCUAAAGAACCCGAGAAGACAGAGGAAUUCCAGUGGCCCCAGCGCAGCCAGACGCUUGCCCAGCUCCCAGCCGAGAAGCUGCCGCCCAAGAAGAAGAGGCUGCGCCUGGCAGAGAUGGCCCAGUCGUCGGGGGAGUCCAGCUUUGAGUCCUCCGCACCCCUGUCUCGCAGUCCCAGCCAGGAGAGCAGCGUCUCCCUGAGCGGGUCCAGCCGCUCCGCCUCCUUCGAGAGGGAUGACCACGGAAAAGCCGAGGCCCCUGGGCUCUCAUCUGACACACGCCCCAAACCGUUGGGCACCCACAUGCUGACUGUCCCCAGCCACCACCCGCACGCCCGAGAGAUGCGGAGGUCAGCCUCAGAGCAAAGCCCCAACAUUUCCCAUUCGGCCCACAUGACCGAGACACGCAGCAAAUCAUUCGACUACGGCAGCUUGUCCUUGACAGGCCCUUCUGUGCCGGCCCCGGCAGCCCCCGCGGCCCCCGCAGCCCCGGCGGCCCCGCCAGAGAGAAGGAAAUGCUUUUUGGUGAGACAGGCCUCUCUGAGCAGACCUCCAGACACCGAGCCGGAGGCCGCCCCCAAGGGAAGACCGGAGAGCGAGGAACUAAAGCCCUCAUGCAGUAAGCCUUCCACCAAAAGCUCCUUGCCCCAGAUUUCCUCAGCAGCCACCUCACACAGCGGUCCCCCAGGAGGCAAGGGCCAGGUGCAGGACAGACCCCCGCUGGGGUCCACUCCGCCCUACACGGAAGCCCUGCAGGUGUUUCACCACCCCAUCGCCCAGCUCCCCCUGCAUGAGAAGCCGUACCUGCCCCCGCCCGUCUCCCUUUUCUCCUUCCAGCACCUCUUGCAGCAUGAGCCGGGACAGUCGUCGGAAUUCUUCUCCACCCAGGCCAUGUCCAGCCUCCUCUCCUCACCGUACUCCAUGCCCCCUCUUCCUCCCUCCUUGUUUCAGGCCCCGCCGCUUCCUCUUCAGCCUACGGUUCUGCACCCUGGCCAGCUCCCCCUCCCCCAGCUCCUGCCUCACCCAGGCAGCAUCCCCUUCCGGCAGCCCCCUUCAUAUCUCCCCGUGCCCUACCCGGCCUCAUCGGCACUCUCUUCUGGAUUUUUCCUGCCUCUGCAAUCCCAGUUCUCACUUCCACUCCCUGGGGAUGUGGAAAGCCAUCUGCCCCAGAUCAAAACCAGCCUGGCCCCACUGGCAACAGGAAGCACUGGCCUCUCCCCCAGCUCGGAGUAUGGCAGUGAUGUCCAGCUGCCCCCCGGGGCCCCCCCAGCCAGCUGCUCAGCACCCACGUCAGCCCCUCCACCGAGCCUACCUGCCUGUCCAGACACCAUGGUGUCCCUGGUUGUGCCCGUCCGCAUUCAGACCAACAUGCCGUCCUACGGGAACGCCAUGUACACCACCCUCUCCCAGCUCCUGGUCACACAGUCCCAAGGCAGCUCAGCAACCGUGACUCUUCCCAAGUGCGAGGAGCCCCCGUGCAAAGGGACGACUGUGUGUGGGACAGGUGUGUACGAGGCCAGGCCUGGCUCGGCAGGCGGAAGUGAAGGGCAGAGCAGAAGCUUCCCGACUCCGUACUUGAGGGUCCCUGUGACGUUCCCAGAAAGAAAAGGCACUUCCCUGUCAUCAGAGAGUGUCUUGGGCCUGGAGGGGAGUUCUUCAGCAGUGGGGGGGAGCAAACGCGUCCUUUCGCCAGCUGGCAGCCUGGAACUUACCAUGGAAACCCAGCAGCAGAAAAGGGUGAAGGAAGAGGAGGCUUCCAAGGCAGAUGAAACACUCGAGCUGGUAAAACCGUGCAGUGUGGUGCUGGCCAGCACGGAGGAUGGCAGGAGGCCAGAGAAAUCCCACCUGGGCAGCCAGGGCCAGGGCAGGAGGGAGCUUGAAACCGUGUCUAGCCUCUCCUCAGAUCCAUCCGACCCAAAGGAAAUGACUCCCCUUCCUCAUGCCUCACUGCCCCACGCGACGGCCCCAGGCUCAGAGGCGUUGAAGGAAUAUGCCCAGCCAUCCGGGAAGCUUCACCGAAGAGGGCUGCCCCCACUGAGUGUGAAGAAAGAAGAUUCCAAGGAACAGCCUGACCUCCCUCCACUGGCACCUUCCAGCUCGCUGCCUCUGUCAGAAACGUCCCCCAGGCCAGCCAAGUCGCAAGAAGGUACGGACUCAAAGAAGGUACUGCAGUUCCCCAGCCUCCACACGACCACUAAUGUCAGUUGGUGCUAUUUAAACUACAUUAAGCCAAAUCACAUCCAGCAUGCAGAUAGGCGGUCCUCUGUUUACGCUGGUUGGUGCAUAAGUUUGUACAACCCCAACCUUCCGGGGGUUUCCACUAAAGCUGCUUUGUCCCUCCUGAGGUCUAAGCAGAAGGUGAGCAAAGAAACAUACACCAUGGCCACAGCUCCGCAUCCUGAGACAGGAAGGCUUGUGCCAUCCAGCUCCCGCAAGCCCCGCAUGACAGAGGUUCACCUCCCUUCGCUGGUUUCCCCGGAAGGCCAGAAAGAUCUAGCUAGAGUGCAGAAGGAAGAAGAGAAGCGAGGGAAGCCGGAGGAGGACGCUCCUGCCUCCAAAAGAGGGGAGCCAGCGAGGAUCAAAAUCUUCGAAGGAGGGUACAAAUCAAACGAAGAGUAUGUAUAUGUGCGAGGCCGCGGCCGAGGGAAAUAUGUUUGUGAGGAGUGUGGAAUUCGCUGCAAGAAGCCCAGCAUGCUGAAGAAACACAUCCGCACCCACACUGACGUCCGGCCCUAUGUGUGCAAGCACUGUCACUUUGCUUUUAAAACCAAAGGGAAUCUGACUAAGCACAUGAAGUCGAAGGCCCACAGCAAAAAGUGCCAAGAGACAGGGGUGCUGGAGGAGCAGGAAGCCGAAGAAGGACCCAGUGAUGACCCGUUCCCGGACUCAGAAGGGCGGGAGGGCUCGGAGGCCGUGGCGGAGCACCAGUUUUCAGACCUGGAGGACUCGGACUCGGACUCGGACCCGGACGAAGACGAGGAUGACGACGGAGAGGAGAGCCAGGACGAGCCCCCGGGACCAGCCUCAGACGCACCCCCACCUGGCCCGCCGGCCCUGCUGCCGGCAGACUCCCCCCCCGGUCCGGGCCCUCAGCCCCCAGAUGCCACCCCGGGCGGCCAGGCCACGCGGGGCAGCUCGGGGUUGGAAGCCGAGCACUUGGCAGCCGGCAGCUGCUCCGUGUCCAGCCAAAGCGCCCUGUGCCUCCCCCGGCUGGGACCGGCCCCUUUGGGCCCCGUGGAGAAGGACACAGGCUCAGCCCUGAGCUCCAAGGCUGUGUCCCCAAGGAGGCCAUGGUCCCCAAGCAAAGAAGCAGGCAGCCGCCCACAACUGACCCACAAACACUCACUAAGCAAAAGCGACUCGUCUCCCCAGCGACACUCACCGGCCCGAGAGCCACAGGCCUCCACCCCCAGCCCGCCUGGCCCCCAGACGGGCCCUCUCCCUUGUGGGUCUCCACGACUCGAGCUAUCUCCUCUCACCUCCCACCCCCCAGGAAGAGAACUGCCCUCUCGAGCGCAUCCGCCCCCCGAACGCAAGGGAGCCCCAGACCCGGGCCCCCCCAGACACUCACCCACCAGGAGACGGUCCCCGGGCCAGGCCGACUCACCGCCACGGUCAGCGCUGCCAGGAAAGUGGGCCUGGGCUGGGCCGGGCAGCCCCUCAGCAGGCGAACGCGGCCCGGGCUCGGGGCUGGCCCCGCGGGCUCUCUACCUGCCCGCGCCUCUACCUCACAAGCUUCUUGGCAGAAGCCCCGAGACCUGCGCCUCCACGUGGCAGAAGGCCGCAUCCCGGAGUCCCUCCUGCUCACCUGGCCCUGCUCAUCCUCCCUCCUCCCGACCCUUCUCAGCCCCCCAUGACUUCCACGGCCACACCCCAGCCCGGACAGAGGAGAACAUCUUCAGCCACCUCCCUCUGCACUCCCAGCACUUGAGCCGUGCCCCGUGCCCCCUGAUUCCCAUUGGCGGGAUCCAGAUGGUGCAGGCCCGGCCGGGGGCCCACCCCACCCUGCUGCCGGGGCCCACCGCCGCCUGGGUCAGUGGCUUCUCAGGAGGUGGCAGUGAUCUGACAGGGGCCCGGGAGGCCCAGGAGCGAGGCCGCUGGAGUCCCACUGAGAGCUCAUCAGCCUCCGUGUCCCCUGUGGCUAAGGUAUCCAAAUUCACACUGUCGUCAGAGCUGGAGGGCAGGGACUACCCCAAGGAGGGGGAGAGGACGAGUGGGGGCCUGGGCAGACCUCCUGACUGGGAGCCCCGAGUGGCUGAGGUGCCCGCAGAGCCCGUGCCCACCCACAGCCCCUGCACCCCGCACGAGGCCUCGCCCCGGCUACCCCAAGGCCACAGGCCAGAGUCCUGGAGCCCCCGCUUGGAGUCACCACACACGUUGGCCAACCCCGUGGCCUCCACCACCUCGCCCCUGGACCGCAGCAGUUCCAUAGGCUGCCUGGCAGAGGCCUCCGCUCGCUUCCCAGCCCGGAGGAGGAACCUCUCUGGGGAACCCAGGACCAGUCAGGGCUCCCCCGAGCCCUCAGGAAGUGGGGGGCCUGGGGCACUUCCACACCAGCCCAAGGACAGGGGCCCCCCAAGCACUUAGCCUCUCUCCGACUGCUUCAGCAUCUGGCUUCCGGUGUUCAGCAACAGACGUUUCCAGCCAGCUUCCUCGAAUCAUCUCGCUCUCAUGGGCCCCCUCUCCCGUCUGUCCAUCUGUCCAAGCAGCUUCUGCUCAGCCCCCAACUGUUCUAUCUUCCCACGUAUGCAGUUACCUGUGCCUUUUUCUAUAUACCUUUUGUUGCUUGAAAAGAAACAAACAAAACACACGCACACAUAAAAAAAAAAACAAAAAAAACGAGGAGUUUGAGGCUGUGAAUAUUUUGUGCUUUUUUGAGAAAGGGUGUAGGUGGGGCCUCAGCCUGGGCCACUGUGGUCUGCAGCCACCCCGCCCCCCCAAGGCCGGCAAGAGGUAGCCAUUUGCUGAGGGAAAGGGGGAUGCACUGAAGGAGAAAAAAAAAGAAACUUUAAAAAAUAUAUAAUUAAAUGUAAAAGCAAGCACUCCUAUGUACAGAUGUGUAUGGUUCCUAUUUAUUGCUGCUUCAUUCCACCCCAUUCCACCCCAGCUAGUGGCCACGCUCACUGCCAGCAGAAGGGCCAGCGGCCCAUGGCAGGAGGCCACAGGCAACGGCGACCCCACUCAGCCUCCACAGGCAGGCCCAGAAAACCCCAGUUUUCUUUUUCCUAAGGAAAAGAAAAUGUUACCUUUCUUAGGAUUUCAACACAAAUAAGAGGAGCAGAUAGGAGGUAGGAGCUUGCUGGUUUCCCCCAGAGCUCCCUGAUACCCAGGUGGCCUGAGUUGUGGACCCAUCCUGGCAUCCUGACAAAUUCCCCCAGUCCCCCACCCUCAACCCUUCCCCUCCACCCCACCCCCACCCCUAGCCCCUAAGCUGCGAAAGGAGCCCUGACUGUUCAUCUCCUAGUUCCCAAGGCACCUAACUGAGGCCUUGCUUCAGGGCCCCAGCUACAGGCUGCCUCCCUUGUUCUAGAAACUACCCACAAGGCCGAAGUGACAGGGCCCAACCCCUAGGGGUCAAGAUCCAAGGUGCAUUGCCUUGCUAUUUCUGAGGCUGGGGCUUGGGUUUUGUUGCAUGUUUGGUCCCUAGGGUUCAAAGGGCCCUAUUUCUUCCAUGGCUGGGCUUUUCUAGUGCUCAGAACUGGAAGUUAUAGGGACCCGUUUCUGGACCUCUUUUCAGCAGGACUGGAUUCCUCCCCUCAUCCCCACCCUACACACUGUCAGGUCUCCACUACCCCCAGGAAAUACCCAAAACCAUGACUGGUGGGAACUGCCCAGGCCUGUUUGUUGGCUUAAAUCUCUUUAAAAAUUACACACACACACACACACACACACACACACACACACACACGAUGGUAUUUGGUAAUUCUCCCAGCCUCCUCAGAUUCUCUUGACCUAGAAGUAUUGUCCUAAGUGAACGGAAUUCUUCUCCAGAGCAAUCAGUCCUAGCCAGUGUCUCCUCCCUCAUCCCCAUCUCCUCCCUCAAGAACCUACCCUAUAUUUCCUGGGGUAAAAACCUGCUUUGUAAGAAAAAUAAUAUGACCAGAAAUUAAAAUCCCAAUGUGAAAUAUAGAACUCGUGUUUACCCUGCCCUGGGAGAGGCAGGUUUUCUCCCAACCUUCCAGAACUUUUGUUUCUACAAAGAGGGAGAAAGCACAGGGAUCAUGGUCCUGGCCCACCCGGGCUAGGUGCUGAAGCCGCCUUACAGAGCCCGGAAUUCCCUGACCAGUCCCAAGUCUUCAGCCAGGCCAUGUGAAUCCUGUGCCUGGGGCCUCCUGAGUUGUUGAAGUUGUGUAGACAGGACACCGGUUGAGGCCCUAAUCCCCUCCUCUGCCAGUUCAGGGCCUUUCCCUCCCUGGCCUCUGCUGAGUAGACAGGCCAGCCCCAGGUUCUGUAAGACACAAACUGGACAAUAGGGAAGGGCCUCCCUGGGGGUCUGCUGGGCUCCAGGGUGCUGGGGGUGAGGUUAGCUGGCAGUUCUCAGCUGCCUGGCCCAGAGUCUGGGGCUCCCGCCCACCCGGGGAGAAGGCCAGCAAGCCCAGCCUUGACUAUAUUGGCGCUGUUUCGGCCUCACAGGAAGUGGGAAGGUGUCCGGCCCCGGUUACAGCCCAGACUUCCCUCACCCUCACCUCUCAGCCCUACCAGCGGACACUUCUAGCCCUGGGGUCUGGGAGCUGGAUAAAGGGCAUUGCUUCAGCCCAGGUUUGAAACCUUCCUGGGCAAGAUCUUCCAGCCCAGACCUACAAAGUAGCAGAUGGGGGUUUCUGCUAGCUGCGCGGAGCCCCUGACCUUGGGCUUGGCCAGGCCUCUCCCCCUAGUCAUGCACUCCUGCUCUCCAAGGCGUCAUUCCCCUGUUCUGGGACAGCCUGCCAACUGAGGCUUCCUUCCUGGGAGACCCAGUCAUGGACAAUGUGGCCACCAGGGGAGAAUCCUCACAGCCACUCCAGGCCCACAGGCACAGGCAGAGGGGACAGGGACUGGGAGUCACCAGAGAUCCGUUUCUCAGUGACAGGGACACAAUGCACAAACAGAAUCUGGCUUAAGGGUUGCUGCCCCACACCGAUCCCCAGAGGGAUGGAAUCAGUGCCACCAGCUUGAGACAGAUAUCACUGGGCACAGUGCUAACCCCUCCUGCUAGACUCUACCCCUGCUCCCCCGAGCACAGAGGCCCCAGCACACACACACCUCCAUAAUUUGGAAAGGGACGCUUACUCCAUGCCCUCCCCGGCACCCCCUGCCCCACUCCCAACCACUUCCACAUCUGCAGUUUGCGUGUGACGCUCCUGUCCCUGUUAAGGGGGACUGUACCAAGAGCAGUGUUGAUUUGUUGCCAUAGACACCUGUUGGUGCUCUGUCGAAAUGUGCCAGCCAGCCAUGCCUCAGUCCAGGCUCGCUCUGGUCCUUGGCUGUUGGCACUGUGGCUGGAACCAAACUGUAGAGGUCUCAGAGCCAGCCCUCGUCCUCUGUUGGGAAUUCCAAGACACUUAGCCCCCAGGCCUACCCUCCAGGAUGCCCUCCACCCUCAGCAAGCUGAGGGCCAUUCUGGGUACUAACCCCGUUCCUCUCCGAGGCACUGUUCCCCAGGCCCACCCCCCGGCCCCCCCCCGCCCAUGGCUUGCACUCUGGCCCAGCCACAGAGACCCUCCAGGAUGCUGACAACAGCAAACUGCCCACUCUCCCUCUUCCAUCACCUCCAACUUCCAGACCCAGAAGUCCCUCUGCCUCCCUCUGUGGGAAAAAGUCUGAAAGAAUUAGUUUCCGGAUCCCUGGAGCCCCUUUCCAUUCUCACCCUGCACUUCUGAAUAGGAACCAGCAAUAUAUCUGAGCUGAACUGCUCUCCAGUCCUUUCUCCAGAAAAAUCCUCCUUUAAAGCAAAAGUCCUGCCUCGGAGACAGAUCUGCAGCAUUGAGCAGGGGGAGAAAGCUCCCGAAGGCCUGUCCCCCAAAUUCUGCUUCCGUGUUGUGGCUCCAGUCUGCUUUCCAUUAGAAAACCGCUUCGGCACUUAUGAUCACUUUACUAAACCUAGUGUUUAAAGAAAAAAAAAAAAGAAGAGAAAAAGAAACAGAAAAAAGAAACGUGUAGGCAAAUGUAAGAUACAUGCGCUCUGUAAGAUAAAUAUUUGCCUUUUUUUUCUAAAAGGUGUAUGUAUUCCGUAUGUGAACUUGUCUGUAGAGAGUUUCUAUGUUCUUAAAUGGCAAUACAUUCCAAAAAUUGUCCUGUAGAUAUGUACAGCAGCCACAUUGGGAUGGGGUAAUCUUGCCUGUGAUUUUAUUUAAACUCCAGUUUCUACACUUGCAUCUUGCAAUGUCGGUAUGGUAUAUAUCAGUGCAAAAGAGAAAAAAACUCAACAAAAAAUCCAUGCAGGUCUAAAGCACAGAGUCUGAUGUACAAAAGGAAAAAAAUGCUCAGUAUUGAUGUGUGUGACCUUUGUUGUAAAUUACAUCUGUACUGUGAAUGAGAGGUUUUUACAAGGAUAAUAAUUGCCUUUAUUACAGCUCCGGCUGAGUGUUCAGCCUGAGGAUAUUUUUUAAAAAAAAAACACACAGCACGUUGGAAUAAAUUUGAAAAUCCCAAC